UGAAGAAGCUAACCAUUUCACUGUCUCAUUUUUUUUUUCCUUCCAGAAUGGGUUCCGGGUGGGCUCCUUGGGUGUUGAUUCUGUUAGUGGAUCUAAUCAGGCUGGGUUCCUCCAUGGGCCGAGGCAGAGUCUCUCCAGAAGAUUUUGUGAUUCAGGCAAAGGCUGACUGUUACUUCACCAAUGGGACUGAAAAGGUGCAGUUUGUGGUGCAAUUCAUUUUUAACUUGGAGGAGUAUGCACGUUUUGACAGCAGUGUGGGAAUGUUUGUGGCAUUGACGGAGCUGGGGAAGCCUGAUGCCGAGUUGUGGAACAACCAGUCAGAUAUAUUGGAGAGGAGCAGAGCUUCUGUGGAUGCCCUCUGCAGGCAUAACUACCAGCUGGGUGCCCCCUUCACUGUGGGGAGAAAAGUACAACCAGAGGUGACUGUGUAUCCCAAGACGACCCCAUCCCUGCAGCACCGCAAGCUGCUGCUCUGCUCUGCAAUGGGUUUCUAUCCAGGAGACGUCACCAUCAGGUGGCUCCGGAAUGGGCAGGAGGAGAGCCCUGGAGUCAUGUCCCCUGGCCUUGUCAGGAAUGGAGACUGGACCUUUCAGACAGUGGUGAUGCUGGAAAUGACGCUUGAACUCCGAGAUGUCUACACCUGUGUUGUUGACCAUCCCAGCCUGCUGAGCCCUAUUUCUGUGGAGUGGAGAGCUCAGUCUGAACGUUCUUGGGAAAAGAUGCUAAGUGGAGCUGCAGCCUUCCUGCUUGGGCUGAUCUUCCUUCGGGUGGGACUCGUCCUCUGUGCCAGGGCUCAGACAGGUAACGAGCCUCUCAGGAGCACACUGCCGCCUGUCCAUGGCUUCCCCCACUUUCCACUUUUCCUAAUGUCAAAGACGUGAGGCGGAAGGUUCACUGUACUUCUCAGGGAUCACUGAAAUAGUUUUUCUGAAGCUAGAAACAUUCCGGGGGUCAGAGGAGAUGGAGCUCCGAUCAUGCAGGUCAUCUCCCACCCCUCAGGAUACUCACAACAUUUGGUCCCAACUGGGGCAUUCUACUUCUUGCCUCUCUUUCAUUCCAGGAUAUGUGGAGACUCAGUUGUCUAGGGACAAGGUAAUGUCUUCUUCCUUGUCUUUGAGGGGCAGACCAUUCUCCCAGUCCUUCAGACAGAGGAAGACGUCUUGGGGGUGACUGGCUGGGUGUCACUGCCUGCUGCCUGAGGGUCCCUCCCAAGACUUUGACCACUGUCCAGCAGGUUAUGAGAGCAGGUCCCCCACUGCUGCCAUGCUAAGGUCCUAACUGAAGCUUCUUCUCCUGGAACUUGAAUUACCACCUGGGUCCUAGGCUAGGUAAAGGACAUUCUGAGGUCAGUUCCAGAGUGACUUUGCCAUGAGGCCUUGGAGGAGUUCUGAGUUUCCUAGAGUUUUGUGUCCUGCGAUCAUGCAUUGCUCACCCUUCCACCCUCCUUCUUCCUACUCAUAUAGGUCAUAGUCCCCACAUCCAAGGACAUUGUGCAGAAAUUCCCCUAAGCCAGAACUCCUUCCUGUCCCAAGCGGUGUACUUUCUAUGGUCCAGCCCCAACCUGUAAACCAUUAUCCACGUGUCUUUCUCUUGACCAACUGCAAUCUCCACCGUCUUCAGAAGACAAAUGCUCAGAGGGUCACUGUUUUCUUUUCACUGUUUUUUAGAACCUUUUUUACUGUAAGAUAAAAUGGGGAUACAAAUAACCACAAAAAAUGUUUAAUUUAAUGAAUUAUUUAAGGCAAACCCUUUGUAAUCACCACUCGGCUCAAGAACCAGAGCUCUGCCAGCCACCGCAGAAGCCUCCAUGGGCCUCAGGACACAUUUUACUGGGAUAUAUCUUGGUGUUAGUUCUGCGGGUUGAGUUUCUCAAAUAAACUAUGU